UUGCCAGGCGACGUGAUUUAAAAUUAAUUGUUACUUCUGCCACUAUGGAUUCUACGAAAUUUGCCACUUUCUUUGGUAAUGUGCCCACAUUUACUAUACCUGGACGUACCUUUCCCGUUGAUGUUAUGUUUAGUAAAAAUACUUGUGAAGAUUAUGUAGAUGCGGCUGUAAAACAAGCUCUACAAAUUCAUUUAACACCCAACGAAGGUGAUAUGUUGAUUUUUAUGCCGGGUCAGGAGGAUAUUGAGGUGACAUGUGAAGUGUUGGCCGAACGUUUGUUGGAAAUAGAAAAUGCUCCCGAAUUGUCUAUACUGCCAAUAUAUUCACAACUGCCUUCCGAUUUACAAGCGAAAAUUUUCCAAAAAUCCCCUGAAGGUUUGCGUAAAUGUGUGGUGGCCACUAAUAUUGCGGAAACUUCUCUAACAGUGGAUGGUAUUAUUUAUGUUAUUGAUUCGGGUUAUUGUAAAUUAAAGGUGUAUAAUCCACGUAUUGGUAUGGAUGCUUUACAAAUCUAUCCCAUAUCCCAGGCCAAUGCCAAUCAACGUUCCGGUCGUGCCGGACGUACUGGUCCCGGGCAGGCCUAUCGUUUGUAUACACAACGUCAGUAUAAAGAAGAUUUGUUGGCCUUGACGGUACCUGAAAUACAACGUACCAAUUUGGCUAAUACCGUUUUGCUGCUGAAAUCUUUGGGUGUUGUGGAUUUAUUGCAAUUUCAUUUCAUGGAUCCUCCUCCUCAGGAUAAUAUUUUGAAUUCUUUAUAUCAAUUAUGGAUUUUGGGUGCUUUAGAUCAUACGGGUGCCUUGACACCCUUAGGCAGACAAAUGGCUGAGUUUCCUUUGGAUCCACCGCAGUGUCAAAUGUUAAUAGUGUCCUGUCAAAUGGAAUGCAGUGCAGAAGUUUUGAUUAUAGUCUCCAUGUUGUCGGUGCCUUCAAUAUUUUACCGUCCAAAAGGUCGUGAGGAGGAGGCAGAUGGUGUACGAGAAAAGUUUCAAGUACCUGAAUCGGAUCAUUUAACCUAUCUCAAUGUCUAUCUGCAGUGGAAACAAAACAACUAUAGUUCAAACUGGUGCAAUGAACAUUUCAUACAUGUCAAGGCCAUGCGUAAGGUACGUGAAGUACGCCAACAGCUCAAAGACAUUUUGAUUCAGCAAAAACUCAAUGUGAAAUCAUGCGGCACCGAUUGGGAUAUUAUACGUAAAUGUAUUUGUUCUGCCUAUUUCUAUCAGGCAGCACGUCUUAAGGGCAUAGGGGAAUAUGUUAAUUUACGUACCGGCAUGCCUUGUCAUUUACAUCCCACUUCGGCCUUGUAUGGCCUGGGCACCACCCCCGACUAUGUGGUCUAUCAUGAACUGGUUAUGACAGCCAAAGAGUAUAUGCAAUGUGCCACCGCUGUCGAUGGUUAUUGGUUGGCUGAAUUGGGUCCUAUGUUCUUUUCCGUCAAAGAAACGGGUCGCAGUGGUCGUGAGAAAAAGAAACAGGCUGCCGAACAUCUUAAGGAAAUGGAAACACAAAUGCGUUUGGCUCAAGAGGAAAUUGAAGAACGUAAAAUCAAGGCUGCUCAGAGGGAAGAACAAUUGGCUAAUAAACAAGAAAUUGCUACACCGGGUGUCACAACUCCUAGACGUACACCGGGACGCAUCGGAUUGUAGUUUAGAAGGCCGCUUUUGGAAUUUUUUUUUUUUUGUUUGAAUAGCUUUAGUUUAACGAAAGAUAAUAAAAAAAAUAAUGAUAAUUGUUUCUGCUAAAAAAAAUGGAAUAAAGUUAUAAAAAA